UGUAUUGUAUGUUGAAGAAAAGUGAUAAUGUUUCCUUGCGUGUUGGUACCGCUCAAUAAUAUGCUCAAGUUGGGAAACGUUUCAAGCUCAAAUGUUGAUAGACCAAGCAGAGUAAAAAAUAGUGUUUUAAGUGAAGAAUCUGAACUUACUUAUACUGAGGGCGUUGUGGUGCAUCGCGGGCUGGCGUAUAGAAAAGUAGUCUCCAGGAAUGGCGCAGUCGUCUUCCCGAGGGUCGCGAAGUUCAGCAAGACAACGUUGAGCAAGAUGCCGGAACACAGCAGACACGUUUACAUCUUCCUUAACUGAAGUUCGAACAAGUCUGCAACCCAGAGCUCGAGCCAGAAGUUCAGCUUCCUCUCUAUCAAGAUGGAAGAAAAUGCUUUAGUUUAGCUUACAAGGUAUUUGGCAGUCGAUUAUACACACGGAGAGAGUUUGUAUACGUUUGUAUACGUUACUAUUAUUGACAUGAUGAGAGACUCUGGUGAUUGCCCAAGAAAAGGCCAAAGAUAAUUGAAAAAUAUGAUGACUAAAAAGCAAUCCAAACUUUGCGGAUUAUUUAGUCGUUUUGGUAAUGCGCCCGGAAUUUUAUUUUUACUUAAUUGUUCUGUUUUUUUUAAUGUAAAUUAUUUAAAUAUUUGACUUUUGGCCUCUUGUUAAAGGUAGAAACGCGCUCCAAUUUAAAGCUGUUAUUCGUUUAUACUAAAUUGUUAUUUUUUCAAACCGUGUCAUUUUUUUGCAGAAUUUAAAUGAUAAUGUAAGUUCAACAUUUAGAAAAAUAAAUAUACAAGUACAGAAAGCUGCGCUAAUCUCAGAUAAUGCUAAAUUAAUGAGAGUUCUUUUUAAUUUGUUAGUAAAUAAUGUUUUAAGCCCAUUUUGUAACAAGUUGUUAGAAAUAUGUUCUUCUGAAUUUUCCAUUAAUUUUCUGAAGUCUCGCAAUAUUUGAUAGUCUGACGUCCAGUUGUCAAUUUGCCGCAAUAUAAUUUAUCGGUCUCCAAAAAACAGAUAAAAGUUCUAUGAAAAACUUCUGGUAAAAGCAAAAAAUUAGUGAAUCUUAAAGUUGCAGUGAUUUAGAACUGGAAAUGGAUGGAAUCUCAAUUGAACGUAGAGAGGUGCGCAAACUAAAAAUAAAGAAAAAGUUAAACAAAGGCUUUAUCAAACUCGUCAAAUUCAACACCAAGAGGUGCCAUGCUGGAAAUUAUUGCUAUACAUUGUUAAAAGGAGAACGUCAUGUUUAGCCCAAUAAGGAGUUUUGUGUUCGCUUCUGUAACUUCCCCACAUGGAGAAGAUAUACAUCGAGCUACAUUAAGAGAAGCAUUUGGACAGUUUGGGACAAUUAAAAAAAUAUACGUACCUGCAGAAGAUAGUACUUUAGCAAAAGUAUAUUUUGAAGAUCCAGAAGUCACACAUCGUGCAUGCACUAAUUUGAACGGUUUGAACAACUGGAAUAUCGAAGUUAGUGAAGAUCAGAACAAGCUUGAUCGAAAUAUAGCAACCGGAAAUUACAGAAAUAGUCACCAAUUUGAUCUAAAUAAUUCCUUUAGCUCGAAUAGAGAUACUGAUAAUAAUUCGACCAACUGCGACAUGGAUGAGGAUUUUGUUUAUGCUGGCCAGUAUGUUGAUAUGCACGGAAGGCCUGUUGAAGUUUUACAAUCUGAAAAGAGGCAAUUGUUUGUAAGUUUAGAUGAUGUUCGAGCUGCUGGGUUUAAUAUAUUUCCAAAAGAAAGUUUCAAUAACGCCACAAUUCCGAAAGAAAUGGAAUUAAAAGAAUUUGAAAAUUACUUACUAAAUCAGGGAAUGAAAUACAUAAUUAAUUUCAAGAAGACAUUUGAUGAAAAUGAAAUGGUGCGAGUAUUUGAAAAGGUUAGAGCAAGACUGCAAAAUCCUGAGCCAGCAUCACAUGUUGGUCACGGUCGGCAGAUCAGUAAAGUUGGAAAUAGUAAAAACUACUCAAUUACCUCCAAAACAACAGUGUAUUCGUCUCCACAGGCAAACACAAGUCCUAAUGCUAAAACAAAUCACAGUUCUUACUUUGAAAAUGGCAGUCCACAAAAUCCUGCAUCAAAUAAGCAAGCGCGCGACAGGCUUAUGAAACCGUCACCUCAGCCAUCAAAUAGGGUGUUUCAAGACAAACCAACUUUCAACUCAGAAAGAAAUGAACGUGGGAGGGAAGCAAACCCAAUGAAGAGAUAUUCAGAAAAUAAUGGGGAUAAUAAGGAAUAUAAUGGUAGGUAUAAUAAUAGUAAACCGCCAGGCAGGUCACCUAGAUCUGAUGGAUUCGUACCCAAACAGAACGUCCCAAUACAAACUAGCAAACAGCGGGAAAAGCAAUGCGAUGAUGAUGGUGGUAAAGCGAUUGCUGCGUCUACACCUAAGACUGAUAGAGUAUCAUCGAAUGCUCCUGCAGCUAAUGAAGACACAAUUCCGCUAAAGAUUGAAAGACUCCCAUUGGCAACCGGCUCCAUACACAAGAUUAACAUAUCAUAUGUAAAUCCAGAAAAACCGCAUGUAUUUUAUGGGCAAAAAAUCGAAACAUUGAGUAAUAUUGACGAUAUAUUACUUCACGUCAACACAAUAGAUAGCACCUUACCUGAAGUCACCCCUACGAAAAAUACUUUGUGCGUGGCAUUAUUUGAGGAUAUCUGGUAUCGAGCUGUGGUGGUAAAUUCAAAUCCUACAGAUACAUUUGUAGAAUUGAUUGACUACGGUAAUAGGGAGCAUAUUACAACUCCGGUGAAGGAAAUGUCUUCGGAAAUGAAAGCAAUACCCGCCCAGGCAAAUCGUUUUACUGUUGAAUCAUGUCAAUUAAAUAAUAAAAGUUUUAUUUUUGAAACUGGACAACAAUUUGAGAUUUCGGUCACUAAGCAAUUUGACGAUUUUACUUUUUUGAUCCAAAUUAAAGUUCCGUUAAAUACCAAUACGGCAGACGAAGAACAGAAAGUUCCCACUGAAACACCAUCAUCUGAGCUACCUAAAAGUUCCGAUGCUGACAAAGAGCAACAGGAAUACUUCACUAAGUUGCCUGAAAGUACAGCAAAACUUUUACCAGAUGAGUCAGUUAUGAUUGUUAAUUAUAUUGACACUGAUCUCAUAUUAAGGAAUAAAGAGACUGGUGGAAUUUGCAAGAAAGUUUAUGAGCAUUUAAGUAAUAUGGAGAAGAAGCCCGUUAGUACACCAAAAGUGGGACAGCUAGUUUUAUGUGCUAAAGAUACCCAUGAAGGUCUGCAUCGAGCGAUAAUUAAGGAAGUAACGAAAAAAAUUGUCGAAGUUGAAUUUGUCGACUAUCAGGGUGGGGAUUUUACAUCAAUCAAGUUUCUGCGGAAUUUUGACGCGACUUUGGCUUCUUAUCCAAGAGCAUUCCUUACACUUGAAUAUCCAGUGCUGAGCCAAAUUUCAGAGGAGGCUGAAGACUUCUUGAACCAACUUAUUUUACAAAAAAAAAAGAUUAAAACGACUAAAGGUUCCAGUAACCUAAACCUUAUGCUGCCGACCGAUAAUAUGUUAUUAUCAGAAAAGCUUAGGCAGUUAUCUGAGCCUAAACCAGCUCCAAAAGUUGCUUCCAAGCCAGUCCAACCAACUCCGCAAUGUGUUUCACCUACUCAAGAUGUUGGACAACUGAAAAGUGCAGAAAUACAAAAACCGAAGCAGAAAAAUGAGUCGACUUUACCGGAUCCAGUAACUCCUACGAAUGUUCCAUUGAAACAACCGGAUAAAACAAAAACUGAUCCUAAUUAUAUUGUAGUUAGUUACACAGAUAUGCCGUUUUUGAAUGCACCUGUAGGCCGUGCAUCCUAUUGCUGUUAUUCUUGCCGAGAUGGUAUGGUUACAAUUCUCUCAACCUCCGAGAAGAAUGAAGAGUAUUUAGCAGAAAUUCUAGUUGUGGAAGAACCUGAUGAUACGUCUUCUUAUGUCCCUGAUGAAUUCAUAAUGUGUCUGGCUAAAUUUCAAGAUGCUUGGUAUCGAGCAUUUGUAGCGGAAAAUCAUGGUGAUCAAAUUACAGUUUUCUUUGUGGAUUUCGGAAAUACAGAACUUAUUCACAAAUCGGAAAUCAGGCGGUUUCCUAAGCGACUAGCGGAAAUUCCGUUAUUAGGGAUUACAGCUGCUUUUUCGGGCAUUCCUGAUGAUCCAAACGUGCACAAGAGACUUACUGAAUUGAUACCAGAUGAGUCUAUAUUGGAAGUGGACGUAACUCAGUCGAGCGACGAAGAGUUUAAGUGCAAAAUUGAAAUUCCCUCUAUUUUUAGUAAACUUAGACAAGAAGGGUUGAUUUAGGUAGGAUUUCAUAUUUCAUUUAUUAGCUUUUAAACACUAUAUUUUUUCUUAUUUGAUUCAUCGAUUAUUUGAAUUUUACAUCAAAUAUAAUUUUUCUUAGUUACGAAAUAAUAUUUUCUUUUUAUUAAUGUUUAAUUUUAUGAUAAUAUUGAAGUGAAACUUUUUUACGUUAAAUUAACACUUAUUUCAAGAUAUGAAAGUUUCAACGCAAUUUUUUGCAAGUCGCAAGUAUUUUUCGAAUCUACGUUUCGUAAUGCGGCGGGCAAUAAACGAUCUGUCUUACUUUUAAACAAAAAUUCAAAAAUUUAAGUAUAAUUUAUUAGUAGUUACAUAUACUCUGAUCCCCUAUUUUAUACAUCUCUAUAGUUAAAUAUUUGUUUUAGAUUAAAACAUUUUAAAUGUAAUCUAAUAUUAUGAAAUCUACAUUUUGCUCAGUGUGUUUUUCCUCUUUGUGACAUUGUCCAGUGCUUUCAUAGCUCAAGUGCGAACUUGCCUGUAAACCAAAAGUUUCCUAUUUCAAGGUAGAAGUGAAACUAUCCUUGCGAUCUACUGAAAUUACUUAAUUAUUUUUAUGAACAUUAUCCGACAAGACAGAAAUGAAAAAAGAUGAAUACCUCAAUGUUUGUCUGCUUUAUUUGUGAAUAUGUAGGGCAUAGUUGGGAAAUCGGAGUAAUCCUAUUAAUUUUUGUCGCCAGUCUUUAUUAGUUGUCUAAGUAGGUUCAUUUUAUCAUUGAUAAUUUGAAAAAAUAUAUUUUUUAUACUGCCAUUGACAUAAUAUUACUAUACAUGAUUUAGGUAUGUGCUAGUAUUACUUUUUUUCCCAACAACACAAAUAUUCGUAACUUUUUGACAAAUGCUUUUCUAUUUUUUGUAUAAGUUUCCAACAAUGUAUUAUGAUUGGACAUCACGGGAUGUUGUCGAAUAUAAUUUAGGAUACCAUAAUUAUGAGAACCGA